CUGAACGCCUGCACCCGUCUCCUUAGCUCCUCUCGCAGUACUUCAAGCUCGACCGCACCUCACCAUGUCCACACCCGAUGAAAGCCUCCACGCCUUCGGCGCACGUCGCUCACAAUGCCCUCCCGCCUCCUUCUACCGCCUCCGCAUCGCGGUCGUCGCGUAUAGCGCCACACUCGCACAUCAAAGGCCUUGGCCUCACUCCCGAGGGCUUUGCGAAUGCAGAUGCUGCAGGGUUCAUCGGACAGACGAAUGCGCGCGAGGCCUGCGGAGUGGUCGUCGAGCUCGUCAAGUCGCGCAAGUUCUCUGGACGCGCUCUUCUGCUCGUCGGUGCGCCGGGUACAGGAAAAACGGCACUCGCCCUUGCUAUCUCGCACGAACUCGGUGCGAAGGUCUCAUUCUGUCCUAUGGUUGGCUCGGAAGUGUACAGCACGGAAGUCAAAAAGACGGAGGUUCUCUCAGAAGCAUUCCGUCGCGCUAUAGGCUUGCGGAUAAAGGAAACAAAAGAGGUAUAUGAGGGUGAAGUGACGGAGCUCUCGCCGGCGGAGUCCGAGAACCCUCUGAGUGGGUAUGGAAAGACCGUCUUUCAUGUCAUCGUUGGGCUCAAGACAGUCAAGGGCACGAAGCAGCUGCGGCUGGACCCGAGCAUAUACGAGGCUUUCCUCAAGGAGAAGAUCGUAGUCGGUGAUGUGAUCUACGUCGAAAAAGAUUCAGGUGCUGUGAAGCGGGUUGGACGCUCAGACGCAUAUGCGUCAUCUUAUGAUUUGGAGUCGGAGACGUAUGUUCCUCUGCCAAAGGGCGAGGUACGCAAGCGCAAGGAGCUCGUGCAGGACGUGACGCUCGGUGAUCUCGAUGCGGCAAAUGCGCGACCGCAGGGUGGCCAGGACAUCAUGAGCGUGAUGGGCAGUCUCAUGAAGAGCGGCCGAACAGAGGUGACGGAAAAGCUGCGCCGAGAGGUGAACAAGGUCGUCAAGAACUAUGUCGACCAAGGCGUCGCCGAGGUCGUCCCGGGUGUGGUGUUCAUCGAUGAAGUGCACAUGCUUGAUAUUGAGUGCUUUACGUACCUCAACGCUCUGCUAGAGUCUCUCAUGGCGCCAACAGUGAUUCUCGCUACUAACCGAGGCAACUCGCUCGUCCGGGGAACGAUCGAUCUUGUGGCACCACAUGGGAUCCCAGUCGAUCUUCUUGAUCGAUGCCUCAUCGUUAAAACGGACGGAUACACCCACGAAGAGGUUGCGAAGGUCGUCCAACUCCGCGCUGGUGUCGAAGGUCUGCAACUCGGCCGCGGCGUCCUCGACAAACUUGCACAGCGCGGCGAGACGAGCUCACUCCGGUACGCACUGCAGCUCCUCACACCUGCCUCGAUUCUCGCAGGUUUGGCUGGCCGCAAGCAGAUCGAGCUGGAGGACGUCAACGAGAUGGGUGAGCUCUUCAUGGAUGCGAAGACAAGCGCGGCGGUAAUUGGCACGGAGGGCGGGUUCAAUGCGGAUAAGACGCUGUAAUGCUUGCACGUGUGCGAGCGGAUGGUGGUAGGGCGUGAAUGCGAAGGAGCUUGAGCAAAAUAUCGACGGGCCUGGCAUGGUCCGUCUGCUUCAUACAUAGCAGUACUGAUCCCCGAUGUAUUAGAUCCUCGAGGCGUGCAACAUGACCCGCACGCUCA